AAUUGCAGAGGGUGGCCUCCAAACAUCUAGAGCUGUCAUAUAAAACAGAGAUGGACUCAAACACAACACAUGUGGAACUCCGGCACGACAUUCUAAGAAAGCUGAGUGACGUCAUCGAUAGGAAAUUCAAGGACGAGUGUCGAGACAUCGGAGCCGCCUUGAUCCUGGAAGUCCUGGAUUUCCUGCAGUUUUCGGACGACGAGCGACUCGAGAAGAAGGUCUCCUCCGAUCCGCCUUUCGCUGUUGUUUACAUCGCCGUCAUCCUGCUCUUCUUCGCCGCCUCCGUGUUCGUAGUCUUGGUCAAGUACAUGAGGAAGGAGAGCGAGUCGUCCCGACUGGAGCACUUCUAUCAGAAUUAUCAAGACGGCAAGCGGGCGCGUUUGAUCGUACGUUACGACACCGAGGGAAGGCCGCUGCCGAUCAAGACAGCUUAUUCCUCCGCCCGCCGAAGUAUUAUCCCCCUCGACAUCGGCACCCCAUCCCCGACGCCUUCAGAGGUGCAGACGCCCUUGGAUACGCCGAAUUCCUCCAUCGCAACGGUGCCUCCGCUAGGACUCCUGGAACAUGACUUAUAAAGGAUUGGCUGUCCUUAGGAUUCGUGUUUUUUCAUUCAGCUGGAAGAGCGUCUUACUGAGAACAGAUGCAGCUGGACGCGCUUUCCAAACCUGGAUUGUUGUUUACCUUCCGCAUGAAAUGUUUGUUUUUGUUUGUAUGGUGCUUUUACGUUGCAUGGAACCAGUGGUUAUUCAGCAACGGGACCAACGGCUUUACGUGACUUCCGAACCACGUCGAGAGUUGAACUUCUAUCACCAGAAAUACACAUCUCUCACUCCUCAAUGGAAUGGCCGAGAAUCGAACCCGCGACCACCGAGGUGGAACGCAAACGCCAUAUCAACCACGCCACUGAGGCGCAUUCCGCAAGAAAUGAAGUUGACUCAUUACCUACGAUUUCCGUCACAAACUACUAUUACUCCUUUUGUACGAGAAUAAUUGGAACCAAUGCAUGAUAAGUUUGUUGGAAGAAGUGAUAAUGAAAAUAUAAAGGCAAUUUAUUGAGUGAAAUAAAUUACAAAACCGGUUAAAGUUAAGUGUAUCUUAGUUUAACCAGACCACUGAGCUGGCUAACAGCUGCUCUCAUAGGGCUGGCCCGAAGGAUUAGAUAUAUUGACGUGGCUAGGAACCAACUGGUUACCUGGCAACGGGACCUACAGUUUAUUGUGGGGUCCGAACCACAUUAAUCAUCGAGAUAUGAAUUUCUAAUCACCAAAAAUAACUUCCUCUGAUUCAACGUUGGCAGAGGGGGGAGUCGAACUCGCGACUACCAAACCGGUAGGCAAGUACGUAAACCACUCGUGCAACGAGGAACACUUGCAAAACCGAUAAUUGGUGUCAGAGGUGACACAGACGUUGGCAAGGUGAAAGAAAGAAAGAAGGGGAAGUCGGAAAGACCGAUUCGCGCAUCCCCGAGGCCUUUUCCUAAAAACUAACCAUAGAAUCUUCUUGAAAAUAAUCUCCUUAUGAUUCCUACGCCCAAAUUAACACGAAUGUAUUUUGCAACUAACCUAACCUAACCAAACUUAACCUAACCUAAGGUGAUAAAAAAAAGGGACUGGUGCACUACUAUAAAAAAGAAGUAAAUUCACAUCAACCGUGCGUUUGGUGUCUAGGCCAGUCC